AUGAGUUCGUUCCAAAGAUUCGUGGCUACUACGAUGCGCCAGAAAGAGCGGCACGUGGGCCCAAGCGCCGUGCUGAUUAGAAGCCCCCAUCCAGCCCACGUGCCUGGCAGACUGGCAGUGGUUGUCCAAACCCCUGAUCCUUUGACAAAGAGAUUCAGUACGAUCUCAACCAACAAAAUAAACGUGUUGUACACCCACCACCCUGCUGUAAGGCCUAGCAUGGGGCAUAAGGAGGGGAUGGCAAGCAUCCCCAACUGUCUGCACCGCGGCCGCUUAUCGCGAAUCAGCAGCGAUGGCUCUAUCGCGCCACCACCACCUGCACCAUCGAAUGAGCGUGCGGCCAGGAGGCAGAUUGGCUCGGUCCUCUGCACGCGCCCGAUUGCCCUGCAAUAUGAGUCUUCCUCCGAACUGCGUAUAUUCCUCCAUUCGGGUCCCCCCCUUACUGGGGGCGCCAACAGGCGACACCCAGUGAGCCCUGCACGUGGAGCGACAGUGUCAGUCGGGCUGGAUCCAUGGUUGCCCCCACUUCAAGCAGAGAAGCAGAGAAGCUUGGUACCUACACGGGAUGAGAUGCUUGGACCUGGCCCAUUCCCUCGUGCUCACGCUCCCCGUUCAUGGCUGGUUGAUGGGGCAAUUCCUUCGGACAAGCUUUGCCGGACGCUGCAGGUCACCGACUUUAUAAAACCUCUCCCCCACCCACCAGUCGAGCGUCUUCCUGCUGCUGAUUGUCGCCGCUGUUGGUAG